AUGACCCCUCAACUACCGAAAUGCGACGUCUGUCUCGACCUCGACAAGGAGCUCUUGGAACGUAAGCUCCACGGAGAAGCCUAUUCCUGCUAUCUUGAGGAGAUCAUUGCAUCCUUGGAAAAGUGUCAAACAUGCAGCCUCCUGCUUAAGGCUGUCCGGCACUCUUUCCCGGAGGUUUUUGCCAAGCCGGCCUUCUUCCAGCUCUAUUUCUCUCAUUUUGGCGGACAAGGCUAUCAAUGGUCCAAUGAUGUUUUCGGUCUGAGCAUUUCACCAAGAGAGUUCCCUGACACAGAAGAUGAUCCGCUGGAGAUGAUUCCCGGUGGCUGGAAACCGCGAGUUCUUCACAUCUGUUCCACAAACCCAAUCCCUGGCCAUUAUUUGGCAGAGGUUCUGUUAUCUCCUCCGACCGCCAAGCUUUGGCUGCGCAAGCGAAGGGAUGGAUCCAUGAUUGCGAGAAGAAUCAUCCUGACUGCCGUAGGGUCCAGACCAGUCUCCCCAAACGGGUCGUUCAAAUGGUACCUGGGCCGGGGGCUGGCGCUUGUACACCAUUGCUGGGGCAAGCAUCAGAUCAUCACCACGACGAGAGGCAACUUCAGCCAACACCAGGACGAAAUCCCGUGGGACGAUCUGUCAACCACUUUUCGAGAUGCCAUCGAGUUUUGUCUGUGUUUAGGACUGGAGUUUAUCUGGAUUGACUCACUAUGCAUCGUGCAGGACGACACCGAAGACUGGGAACAGGAAGCCGUCAAGAUGGCGACGUAUUAUACAAACGCGCAUGUGACUCUGGCAGCAACGGCGGCUCCUGACGGAACUGUUGGGCUAUUCCCUGAACCCCAUGUCGAGGACCAGCCUCUGGUGUUGGAAGGUACAAAUGAACGAGGAGAACCGUACCACCUCGUUGCUCGAACCUCCAUCAACCACGUCUUUGAAGAUGAGCAGGUUGCAAUUGCCGAGUUCCCGCUGAUGACCCGAGGAUGGGUUUACCAAGAGCACAUUUUAUCCCGCCGCUUCCUUCACUUUGGAAGGAGGGAGCUCAUGUGGGAGUGUCACUCUGCUACACAUUGCCAAUGUGGCGUCAUACCCAGCCAGCCGCGGUCUGACUACACGACAAACCAGGUGCUUAGCGUUGCCAAGUCUGGCCUGGAUAUAACAGACAAGAAGUCUAGACGGAGAAUGUGGUAUGAUAAUGUUGAGGCAAUCAUGAACCUAAACUUUACAUACUUUAAGGAUAGACUUCCUGCUGCUGCGGGUGUGGCAAAGCGACUGGCGAAGGGAGCCACGGGCAGAUACUUGGCAGGUUUAUGGGAAGAUUGUCUCAUUGCGGAUCUUUGCUGGUCGAUCCUCGAGAAUGGGGGAAGGUCGGAUGAACUGAAAGGUUUCCCAUCCUGGUCCUGGGGAUCUGUAUCUGGGGGGCUGGCAACACUCUGGUGUCAGUCUGACCUUGAUGAUGACAACGUGAAGCCAGUAGCCACGGUCCUUGAGAUCAGCUGCGAGCCCAACCCUCCGUCAUUCCUGGGUCAUCUGGACCGAGCCAUACUUGUUAUUGAAAGCCGCGUUGUCACCGUAACGAUGUCUUCGGUCGAUAUGAAAGGCAGAAGAGUGCGAGAAUUACAGUUCAAGAACGCCAAGUUGUACGGAGAGCUGGGUGGGAGCUGGACCUUCCAUCCAGAUGUCCAGAACUGGGAAAUGGAUGGCGCAGAGGUGGAAGUGGUUAUUGUAGAGAUGAUGAGAGAAAUGGUGGAUGAAAAGGUCAAGUCGGCCACUUUUGUGAUUUUGCAACCCGAUAAAGACUUGUCUCGACGCGUUGGGCUCCUGAGGGCUCAGGUGAGGAGGAGAAGAGGGGCGCCUGAUCAAGGCUUGACGUUUCUGGAUCACUUUUUGAGCGAGGCUACAACAGCGACGGUAAAUAUUUGUUAA